AUGCCACCGCCGAGAAACAUUUACAUCGUCGGUGCGCCAUGCACCGGCAAAACAACGAUUCUUCGCGCCUUGCAGGAUCACUACGCGAUCACAAAAGAUGCGUGCACCUUCAGUCGGCCGACAUACAUCAGCGAAGUCGCACGACGACUACUGGAAACUCUCCAUAUCAGCAGGGACGAUAUACCAAAUUCUCCUGAGAAGUGCUUCACACUCCAGGAAGCCAUUCUCCAUGCUCAGUACCAAGUCGAACAGGAAAUCGAAGGCAACGAAUUCAGCUCAUGGUACAUCUCCGACCGGUCGGGCCUGGAUCCCAUAGUAUUCGCGCAGCUUUACGUUGGCGUGGACGCCGCGGAAAAGCUGUUGGCCUCUUCUCACUGGAAGGCGCUCGAGGCGAAGAUGAAGCAUGGCUUGGUCGUCCUGUGUGAGUCGGGCUGCAGCUGGUUGAAAGACGAUGGAGUCCGGCUGGUGCCCCCAAACUUGACGGAAUGGCUUCGUUUUGAUGAGGCCUUCAAGCAGCUUUUUGAGGCAAGAGGGAUCCAGUAUGUUCUUGUGCCAGCGGCGUUGACCGAUAUCGGGCAGCGGAUUGAAACGAUCUUGAGACAUCACGUUCCGAUCUGA